AUGUCAGCUACAAAUAAUAAUACAUCACUCGAAGCAAUAGCUUUAGUUGGUAUAGCAUGUGAAUUUGCAGGUGAUAUUCAUUCACCAAAUGAUUUAUGGCAUGCAUUAAAAGAAAGUCGUGAUGUUGGUAGUGCUGUACCACGUGAUCGAUUUGAUAUUGACUCAUUUGCUGCUCAUAUGUUUAAUAUGGAUAAUAAUGGACAACUUCGUCAAAAACUUCUUCGUGCUGGUUAUUUUAUGUCAAAUCAACAAUGGGAUAUGUUUGAACCAAGUUUUUUUGAUUUAUCAGAUGCUGAAGCAGGCAGUGUUGAUCCAUGUCAUCGAUUACUUAUGUUAAAAUUUGUUCAUUUACUUGAUGAUUGUGGAUACAGUGUUGAAAAAGUGAAUGGUACAAAAACAUCAGUACAUAUUGGACAAUUUUCAACAGAUCAUGCAAUUGCAACAACUCGUAUGAGACCUGAACAUCGAUCAAGAUUUCAUGGACCUAAUAGUUUAUUAUAUAAUGCUUCAACUCGUUUAUCAUAUCACUUUAAUUUACAUGGUCCAAAUGUUUCAUUAGAUGUUGCUUGUUCAUCAUCUUUAGAAGCUUUACAUAUGGCUAUACAAUGUCUUCGUACAAAUGAAGCCGAUAUGGCUGUAUGUGGUGGUGUUAAUGGAAUUUUUGCACCGGAAAAUUUUCUACAAAGUUCACUUAUUGGUGCACAAUCACCUGAUGGAAGAAGUCGAUCAUUUAGUGCUGAUGCUAAUGGUUAUGCUAAAGGUGAUGGUCUUGGUCUUUUAUUAUUAAAACGAUUAAGUGAUGCCGAACGUGAUGGAGAUCGUAUAUAUUGUGUUAUUCGUGAUGUACUAAGUUGUCAUGAUGGAAAUGAAGAUAAAAUGAGUUUUGUCGUUCCAUCAGCUGCUGGACAAGGACGUUUAUUAGAAAAUAUUUAUUCGCGAAAUAAUUUUGAUACUCGAAAAAUAUUGUUUGUUGAAGCACAUGGUACAGGUACACCAGUUGGUGAUCCUAUUGAAGCAAAUUCUUUAGGUCGAUUUUUUAAUCGAUCAAAUCUUGAUCCACCAUUAUUAUUGGGUUCAAUUAAAAGUAAUUUAGGACAUACUGAAGGUGCAGCUGGUGUUGCAUCAUUUAUUAAAGCUGCUAUGUGUAUGUAUCAUCGUGGUAUUACAGCAAAUAUGCAAUUUACUUCACUUAAUCCUAAAAUAGAAGCACAAAAAUAUAAUCUACAUAUUGUUCAGAAUUUUAUACCAUUCCCAACUCUUCCAAAUAAUGAAAAAAUAGCUAUUGGUGUUAAUUCAUUUGGAAUGGGUGGUACUACGACACAUGUUAUUAUUGAAGAAUAUCAACCAAAUAAAACAUCAAUUACAAAUGGUCAUAUCAACGGAUAUCAUAUUAAAAGUAAACAAUAUUUUACUUUCAUUUUUUCAACAAAAAGUCGUCAAUCUCUUAAUAAUCAGUUAAUUGAAUUCAAUCGUUGGUUAGAGACAAAACCAAUUAAUGAUAUAGAUGAUGAUCAAGCUUUUCUUCAACGUAUAUCUCAACAACUUCUUCUUAAAAGAACUAUUAGUUAUACACAUUCAGCAAUCUUUGUUUUCGUCAAUCGUCAACAAUUACAAGAUCAAAUCAAUGCUUUUCUUACUGAACAAACAUCACCAGGCCUCUCAAUCAUAUCACGUCCAACAAAAGCAUUAGCACAGAAAAUAUGUUUUGUUUUUAGUGGACAAGGUCCACAAUGGUGGGCUAUGGGUAGACAAUUAUAUGAAAGUGAACCUUUAUUUAAUAAAUGGAUUAAUUUAAUUGAUGGAGAAAUGACAAAAAUUAAUAAUGGUGAAUGGAGAUUAUUAGAAGAAUUGAUUGAAAAGAAAAAUGAACAAGAAUCUCGUAUUAAUGAUACAAAUAUUGCUCAACCAACAUUAUUUGCUAUACAAGUUGCAUUAGCAGCUUUACUUGUUUCGUGGAAUAUUUAUCCAUCAUCGAUUAUAUCACAUAGUGCUGGUGAUCAAGCAGCUGCUUUUGUUGCUGGUCGUUUAAGUUUAGAAGAAGCUGUUCGUGUUGUUUAUCAUCGAUCACGUCUUCAAAAUCGUAAUACACGACAAGGUGGUCGUAUGUUAGCUGUUUCAAUGAGUGAAGAAGAAGUACAAAAUAAACUUCUUAAAGGUAUUGAACAUUUGGCUUCUAUUGCUGUUGUUAAUAGUCCUCGUUCAGUAACAAUAAGUGGUGAUGAAAAAACUAUUGAUGAAAUACAACAAAUUCUUUCCAUAGCUUAUCCUAAUGUAUUUAAAGCACGUCUUCGUAUUGAAAAUGCAUUUCAUUCAUACCAAAUGAAUCGAUUUGAUAUUGAAAAAGAAAUGCUUUCAUCAUUGAAAGAUAUUCGAGGACUUCCAAUACAAGAUCAAAAACAAAUUUUUGAUCCAAUAUGUGCAAAAGCAAAACUUUAUUCAAGUGUUAUAGGUGAACAAAUGCAUGAUAAUAUACCAGUUGAUGGUCAAUAUUGGUGGUCAAAUGUAAGACAAGCUGUUCGAUUUUAUGAUGCUAUAACAUCAAUUAUAAAAGAUGAAGCAGCAAAUAUUUUUCUUGAAAUUUCACCACAUCCAGUUUUAGCUACAUCUAUUCGUGAAUGUUAUGAAUUAACAAAUCAACAACAAUCAUCACCACUUAUUCUUCCAACAUUAAAACGAAAAGAAAAUGAACAAAUAACGUUACUAACGAGUUUAGCACAACUUACAACAUCAUCUCAUGUAUGGCAACAAUAUUUUCAUACUCGCCAAAUUUUAUCUAUGAAAAAUCAUGAAGAAUAUUUUGAUGAUUUUCCAUUAUAUAAAUUUCAUCUUAAUCCAUGUUGGUAUGAAUCAAAAGAUUCAUCUAUACAACGUUUAGCUAAUCGUAUAUCUACUCACCCAUUACUUGGUAUUCGACAAUUAAAUGAUCAAACAAGUGCAACAUGGAAAAGUCUUAUUAAUAUUAAUUUACCACAACAUUCUUUUUUAAAAGAUCAUAAAAUUCAAGAUGGAAUUCUUUUUCCAGCUGUUGCUUAUCUUGAACUUGCAACAGCUGCUUGUCAUCAAUUACUUUCAUCAAAAGGUGAUCAACAAAAAGAACAACAACCAACAAUUAUUUUUGAAGACGUUAAUUUUAUUAAAGCACUUGUUCUUAAUGAACAUGAAUUAGUUGAAGUAUUUACACAAGUAAUUAUGCCAAUGCGUGAAUGGUAUAUUUAUAGUCGACCAUGGUCAGCAGCUGGUCUAGAUUGUAUGCGUCCAUCAGGUAUGACUUGUACUGAUGUUGUUGAAUCAUUUCGUGAUCAAGAUAAUCUUAAUAAAUAUUCAUUAAAUGAAUUUACUUUACAUGCUCAAGGUAAAAUCGAAAUAGAUUUUAAAGAACAAAAAUCAUUAACAAUACCUCCUCUUAAUACAAUUAAUGAUACAUGGUCAACACAAGAUAUAGAAAGUACUUAUGCACAUCUUUCAACACGAGGUUAUCAAUAUGGAUCUAGUUUUCAAAAAAUGAAAACAUUACGUGGUACAUCAACUACAGUUAUAUCUGAAUUAUCAAAUGAUGAUAAUGAUUGCUCAUCUUUUUAUUUACUUCAUCCAUCUGUAAUGGAUUCAUCUUUUCAUCCAUUUCUAGUUUUAUUACCAGGUAUUGAAACAACAUUUCUUCCAGUACGUAUUCAAAAAUUUAUUUAUUCAAGUAAAACAAAAACAAAAAUGAAUCCAUCAACAAACGUUGAAGUACGUGGAAAGUAUCAUGAUAAUAUAUGUGGUAUAGGUCAAGAAGGAACAUAUAGUCUUGAUUUAUGGAUAUUUCCAAUGGAUAAUAAAAUCGAGGAACCAGUAUUUACAUGUGAAAGUAUUAGUCUUCAACGAGUUCAAGGUGUACAAUCUGGUCGAUGGUCAAUGGAAAAAACAAUUUAUGACAAAUUAAAUAUGCAAACUGAUUUACCUAAUGCUGAUCAUAAAACAUAUUUAAAUACAAUUGUAAAAGAUUAUUGUAUGAAAAGAGUAUGGA